AUGAAAUGCAAUAAAAACCAAGCAAUCUUUCUUUUUUGUCUCAGACUUUUUCUUGACUUUAUAUUUUUACUUCUCUUAAUUUUUCUUCAGUUUUAUCUUUCCACCUUUUCACCUUUCUUUUUCUUUUUUCUUCUUUUUUGUCUUUCCUUUUCCUUCUUUUCCUCUAUUUUUCUUUUUCCGUCUUUUUUCUUUCCUUUUUCUUCUUAUCCUUUUUAUUUUCUUUGUCUUAUUUUUGUUUUUCCUUUUCAUUUUCCUUCUCAUCAUUUUCCUUCUUUUUCCUCUUAUCUUUUUUCUUUUAGUUUAUUUUCUUUUUUUUCUUUCGUUCCAUUUCUUGUUUGUACUUGUUUCUUAUUUUCUUUUUCUUUCUUUCCAUUUUUUUCUUAUUUUUCCUUCUUUAUUGUCUUCCUUUUCUUUUUCCUUCUUUCUUUUUCUUUUUCACCUUUUCAUUUAUUGUCUUUGUCUUCUCUUUCUUUUUUCUAUAUUAUUUUUCUCUGUUUUCCUUCUUUAUUGCCUUCUUUUUUCUUUCUUUUUCAUCUUUUCCUUUAUUUUCUUUGUAUUAUCUUUUCCUUCUUUCUUUUUUCUAUUUCUUCUUUUUCCUUUUUCAUUCUCUUCUUUUUCCUUCAUUUUCUUCUUUCCCUUUUUCCUCAUUUUCUCACUUUCCAUUUUCUUUUUCUUUAUUUAUUUUCAUUAUUGCCUUCAGUUUCCUUUUCUUUGUUUUCCUUCUUUCUCUUUAUUCUUUUCCUUUUUUACUCUGCUUAUUUCUUCAAAGCCCCUUUUUAUUCUUUGUCUUUUUCUCCAAUUGUUCUUCCUUUUUCUUCUUUUUCAUCUGUCUUUUCCCAAUUCUUUUUUUUUUUUUUUUCCUCAUUUUUAUUCACUUGUUUUUUUUCUCCAAUUGUUUCUUUUCUUUUUUUCAUUCCUCAUUUUUUAUUCACUUGUCUUUUUCUCCAAUUGUUCUCUUUCUUCUUUUUUCAUUUCUCAUUUUUUAUUCACUUGUCUUUUUCUCCAAUUGUUCUCUUUCUUCUUUUUUCAUUCCUCAUUUUUUAUUCACUUGUCUUUUUCUCCAAUUGUUCUCUUUCUUCUUUUUUCAUUCCUCAUUUUUUAUUCACUUGUCUUUUCUCCAAUUUUCUCUUCCUCAUUUUUAUUCACUUGUCUUUUUCUCCAAUUGUUCUCUUUCUUCUUUUUUCAUUCCUCAUUUUUUAUUCACUUGUCUUUUUCUCCAAUUGUUCUCUUUCUUCUUUUUUCAUUCCUCAUUUUUUAUUCACUUGUCUUUUCUCUUUCUUUUUUUUUUUUCAUUCCUCAUUUUUUUAUUCACUUGUCUUUUCUCCAAUUGUUCUCUUUCUUCUUUUUCAUUUCUCAUUUUUUAUUCACUUGUCUUUUCUCCAAUUGUUCUCUUUCUUCUUUUUUUCAUUCCUUUUUUUAUUCAUUCUUUUCUCCAAUUGUUCUCUUUCUUCUUUUUUCAUUCCUCAUUUUUUAUUCACUUGUCUUUUUCUCCAAUUGUUCUCUUUCUUCUUUUUUCAUUCCUCAUUUUUUAUUCACUUGUCUUUUUCUCCAAUUGUUCUCUUUCUUCUUUUUUCAUUUCUCAUUUUUUUCCUCCUCUAUUUUCCUACAUUCAUUCUUUUUAAUCAAAUGGAAUUUCUUUAG